ACGUGGCGCGGAAUGACGCGCGUGUAGCAGCAGCAGGGGGCGCGCAUCCUCCCUCGUCCAGCCGCCCGCUCUCCUCUCCCAUCUUGUCCAACCAACCAACCUCCCUCCAAUCCUCCGCGCUCGCCUCACUCACUUCCACCUCUCUCUCUAACUCAACCACCUUCGUCCUCCCUCCCUCCCUCCCGCCUGCCCUCGACAAUGUCGCUCGCCAGCCGGCAGGUGCGCGUCUUCCCGGAGCCCGGCGAGUUGGCGGCGUGGGCCGCGCGUCGCGUCUCGGAGCUGGCGGUGCGCGCCGUGGCGGAGCGCGGGGGGUUCCGUGUCGCUCUCUCCGGGGGCAGCGUCGCCGCCGCGUUCGGCCGAGAGCUGCCCGGCCUCCCCGGACUGCCCUGGGCGCGCACGUGGCUGCUGUUCUGCGACGAGAGGCUCGUGCCGCACCAGCACCCCGACAGCACGUACGGCCAGUACAAGGCCAGUUUAUUGGGAAAGGUCCCCCUGCCAGAGUCCCAGGUCGUAGCAAUUAACCCUUCACUGUCUGUGGAGGAAGCAGCCCAAGAUUACGAGCGCAGGAUGAGAGAAGUUUUCCCGGGAGAAGACGUUCCAGUUUUUGAUUUACUCGUGCUAGGGAUGGGACCGGAUGGGCACACUUGCUCCCUGUUUCCUUCACACCCUCUUUUGCAGGAGACGAAACUGCUGGUCGCACCCAUCAGUGACUCCCCCAAACCUCCGCCAGAGAGAAUCACGCUCACUCUGCCCGUGAUCAACGCAGCCAGAUGCGUGAUGUUCAUCAGUAUGGGCGAGAGCAAGGCGGCGAUACUCAAGCAAGUACUGGAGGGCCAUGAGGAGCACCCCCUUCCUGCAGCCCUGGUGCAGCCCAGUAACGGGGAGCUGCUAUGGCUUCUGGACAAAGCAGCGGCCAGCCAGCUCAAGUCAGCACUGUGACGUCUGCAUCCUGCAGAGACUGACACGAUUCGGGGUGUCUACCGCUGGGCAGCCCACGAGACGCAUGCAUGUGGUUUCCGUUACAUCAGGGUCUUCAGCCGAGUUGACACAUAGGUUAUAUAGAAGAUUUCUGGGCUGUUCUUGGAGGCUAAUGGCAAUAUCAGAGCGCUAGGACAACAACACUACUAAGGUCUUUGAUUUAAAUAUGGUCAACCACACGAGGUUCUCAAGAGAUGCAUGUGAGUAGUUGUGGAGGGCAUGUGAAUAGUGACACUCAGUUCUAGGCAUUUUGCGCAUGAAACAGCACAAAUGUGCAUUUUUAUUUCUCCUUAUUUAGUAACUUCUGUCAUCGGCAGUUGUGAAUUGCUAUGGCUAGUUACAUUAAACAUAUGGGCUAUGCCCAUUAGAUGACGCUGCUUUAGAUUACAAACCGAGUGUAAAUGUAGCUGAUGGUGUUUUAUGCAACAGGCUACUGAAUGAAAAAAAGGAAUCGGAUAGCAGGCUUUGGGAUUACACACUGCAUUUGUGUAGCAGUCUGCAUGUUUGCAGGUGACUGCAACUCCAAGCUGAUUUUUAUUAAACCAAAAAUGCCAAGGUGAACUCCAAAGGGUAUUUUUUGUAAAAGUCAUAGGAGCUGCAUUCAUAUGUUGACGAAAACACAUUGCCAAUAUGCCGCCCAUUGUGAGUAAGUGGAGACAUUGCGCAACUUCAGAAAUUGGUUGACGAGGAACAUUCUUCAGUGUGUGCGCCGAGGUCCUGUGUGUGCAUAGGAAUUGUGCGCUCAUACAAAAAACUAACACCGUAAUGCUUUCAUUGUGGAUGCUUUCUAAGUGUUGGAAAGGCCCAAUACAAAUGUUCAUCAUUCUAUUGACGAUUAAAUAAUGUUUAAUAUUUCUGUGUCAACAGAGAAGUGGGCACCAGCACAGAUUCAAAACAGAGAAAAUUGUUAUUUUAUUGUCAUCUAAUUAUCAUAGCAAAUUACAGUAAAUGUAUCAUUUACUCCACUAUAAAAAUGUAGAUUAUGAAGAUAUCAGUUUUCAAAAUUCUUAUUUCAUCUAUGUUGAUAUUUUUUACAUAUCUUGCCGAAUCACAUUUGUCAUGGCGACUUGAAUGUUGUCUUUGGACCAGGUCUUUUAAGGAGAGAUAUGCUGAGGUUUUUCAAAUGAUUUACAAAUACUGUACUUGAAUUGCUCUUAAAAUCAAACUGGUACAGUACUCUUGCGAUUCCUGAGGUUUUAGUUUUGUGAAAUACACAAUCAGUUUUAGUAUUGAUCAUGUGAAAUGCACUAUGGAUGUUGAUUUUUGUUAAUAUAAUAAAAGUGCAGAAUUAAA